CCUUGUUAACAUUUAGUUCUUGACUGAUAAAUAAGUAAAAUGACUGCUGUGCCACCGCCCGCAAAUAUCUCCACGCUAAUGCCACUGGAGCUGGUGGACAAAUGCAUUGGUUCGCGAAUCCAUAUAAUCAUGAAGAACGACAAGGAAAUGGUGGGCACACUGCUUGGCUUCGAUGACUUUGUCAACAUGCUGCUGGACGAUGUAACCGAAUAUGAAAAUACGCCCGAUGGACGACGUAUCACCAAGUUGGAUCAGAUCCUCCUAAACGGCAACAACAUAACAAUGUUGGUGCCUGGUGGCGAGCUGGCCGAAUAACAAUAUUCCAUUUACUACUGUUCAAUCAUAAACAACAUAAACAUUAAUAAAUCAACAACAAAAAUAUCAA